CUAAUGAACAAAUCUGUGAAACAUAUCUUAACAAUACUCUUGACGGCCAGAACUUCGAGGACAGUGACUUUUACUGGUGCUGCCUUACGAGCUACUUUGGGAACGUGAUCACAGAGGAUAACUCAACGGGACUGGUCCCCACAAGCCUGCCAGUGGCUCUACACGGGGCGCUGCCGUUCGAAUCCUGGCUGGGACUGGCCCGAAGAAAGGCACAGACCGUCCUAGAUGUUAUACAAGUGCAGGCUUGGAAGCAGUUCUUGAUCCUGUAUGAGUUUGAUUUUGAGGAGCAAGUGCGAGUGAUGGCGGACAUGGCCUCCAGACUGUUCCUCAAAGUGCAGCUGUGCAACACGGCAGACACGGAGCUGCUGCAGAAGAACAUUCUACAAUACUUUGAGACAUCUGUCGACUUCCAAGCUGUGCUCAUCACCUCGUACAGCACGGCACAGGACAUACUCAGAAUGACGCUGAACUUGGAGAAACUGCUGGGCAAGCGAAUCUCUGUGACUGGCAAAUCCAAAUGGUUGGUGUUUUCACAGACCGGCUACGUGUCCCGUCAUAGCUGGCUCAUGAACUCACAGUACGACAACGUAGCCAUUAUCUGUGACCCCAGUGAUCUGCGGAGAGGACUACGUAUUCAGACCUCUGCCUACGACAUGCUGGCAAUUACCACUCUUCUGUACAAGAGUUACGGCCGGCAGUUAUCGUUUGUUGGCACAGUGGACCAGGCCUGGAAUCUGCAGCUCACAUCAGACGUCUUCCCGAACGUCAAGUUUGGUUUCAACGGCAGACGCUUCAUUGUCACUACGAACAUGUGGGCGCCGUACGUGUACCGGAGGGAGGUCAAUGGUACGUUCGAGUACUACGGAUUUUGUAUUGAUCUGGCCAACGAGCUCAGCAGAACGCUCAAUUUCAGCAUUGCCUUCACUGAGCCACCAGAUGGCGGUUGGGGUGCUGAGAUUCCCAACUCGAACGGUUCCUGGACGGGAAUGGUGGGCCAGGUGGUCAGACAGGAAGUUGACAUGGUUAUUGCCCCUAUCGGGGUUACAGGUGCUCGGGAGAGAGUUGUAGAUUUCACAUUCGCCUUUUUCUACGAUGAUUCGGCAGUUAUUAUGAAAAAGCCAGACCCCGAGAAAUCAAAAUGGAGAACUUAUAUAGACAUAUUCAGACAAGAGGUGCUAAUGUGCAUAGCGGCUGCCCUGAUUCUAGGUGCAGUGGUCAUUAUGGCUCUGGAGAAGGCAGUGACAUUUGUCUACAUUCCCUCCCCGAGGGUGUUUGCCAAGACAUACGCCGGUUCUUUCUGGUACCUCAUGGGUGCCAUGCUAAAUCAAGGUGGUCGAGAUCUCCCAACAUCCCUUGCGGGCCGGAUGUUCAUCAGUUCUUGGUGGCUGUUCUGCCUUGUGGUCGCCGGCACAUACAGCGGCAACCUGAUCGCUGUCCUGACAGUGAGCAAAGACAAGCCUCCUUUUGACACUUUGGAAGAGAUGGCGAACCAGGAUGAGUACAGAUUCGGGACGCUUGGGAACUCUAUGUGGACAACGUUAUUCGAGACAUCUCCACGACCAGAGUUCCAAGCGAUCCACCACAAAAUCCAAGGCUACGCUGCCAAAGACCCCAAUGUGCUGCAUCAGGACCCAGAUGUACAUCUCAGUCUGGUCAAACAAGGAGGCUACGCUUAUAUUGCAGACAAAGGCCUCUUCCAGGUUGGUUCGAAUAUAGUGUUUAAGCGUACAGAGUGAGUUUUACGCCCCUGUCAACUCAUGAUAAUAUAGGUCGUUUCAAAUGCGUGUCUCUGCUUGUGGGAUGUUGGAGGUCUAUUUUAAUUCAUCUGAAAGACCCUCAAUAGUUACGGGCUAAAGACAAAGUAUGUGCAGUGAAUAUAUUGUGUAACCUUUACUUCGCCAGAGGUUGCUGUGCUUGGUUUCUUCUCGAUUCUGUAAUUAU